AUAGAUAAUCUUGCAUACUGACAUUAUUACCAACGUGACAGAGAAUGUAUAUAUAUGUAUAUUUAUAGACAUCCAACACGGGGAUCUCUAAUAUGCGAUGGCGAUAUAAAACUUAACAUUGUGGAACAAAGAGAAAGUCUCAACAAGUGUACAAGAAGUGAGAGCUGACGAUCGUCCAGGAGGAAGAUGGCUGAGACUCGGCUGGACGAGGAGCUGUACUCGCGUCAGCUUUACGUCUUGGGUCACGACGCCGCCUCUAGGAUGGCCUCCGCCAGCGUCCUCGUCUCUGGCCUGGGAGGCCUGGGCGUCGAGAUCGCUAAGAAUGUCAUCCUGAGCGGGGUGAAGUCGGUGACAUUACACGACACGAGGGAGACGACUCUCCACGACCUGUCCACCCAAUUUUUCCUGAGUUGUGACGACCUCGGGAGGAACAGGGCGGAGUCGUGCUGCGGUCGUCUGGCGGAACUCAACCAUUACGUCCCGGUGACGACCACGAAGCGACCUCUGGAUGGGGAACUGAUCCAGCAGUAUAAGGUUGUCGUUCUUACAGACUCCAGCCUGAAGGAGCAGCUGGCGGUGUCGUCGGAGUGUAGGAGCCACGGCGUCGCUCUGAUCGUGGCCUCCUCCAGGGGGCUCUUUGGUAACGUCUUCUGCGACUUUGGUGAGGAUUUUCAAGUCCUGGAUCCGAACGGCAAGGAGCCGGCCAGCUUCCUCGUCGAGAGUGUUACUAGAGAGGAGGAAGGAGUAGUGACCCUGCCAGAAAAGACAUACCACGGGCUCAAAGACGGUGACCUCGUGACCUUUUCCGGUGCCCUGGGCAUGACCCAGCUCAACCUGCCUCACCCUCAUGCAAUUAAGGUGUUGAGUCCUUCCAGCUUCAGCAUUGGAGACACUCGGAGCUUCCCGGAGUACGCAGGAGGCGGUGUGGCCAAGGAGGUGAAGGUGGGCAAGACGAUGACUUUCAAACCGCUGAAGGAGUCGCUGGAAGAGCCGAGCAUCACAUGUGUAGAUGUGGCCAAGGAGGAGGAGUCAGGUGUGAUUCACGUAGCCUUCCUGGCACUCCACGAGUACCUGGCUCUUCAUGGCACCCUACCCAGGCCCUGGAGUGACCAAGACGCCUCACAGUUCCUUCAAGUGUUUUAUAAAGUUAAUGAGUCAAGAAAAGUUGAGGUGGAGAACGUUAAUGAAGACUUGUUGAGGACGUUUGCGUUUACGGCGAGUGGCGAGUUAGCGCCUCUAAACGCUGUGAUUGGUGGCGUCGCCUCACAGGAGGUGACGAAGGCUUGUACUGGAAAGUUUACGCCCUUGUUUCAGUGGCUCUACUUUGACGCCGUGGAGUGCCUUCCUGAGGACACCACGAAGCUCCUCGGAGGCGCCUGUGAUCCAAGAGGUGACCGCUACGACGCCCAAGUCGCUAUCUUCGGCCGCGACUUCCAGAACAGACUAGGUAGGCUUAAAUACUUUGUUGUGGGUGCCGGCGCCAUUGGCUGCGAGCUCUUGAAGAAUUUCGCCAUGCUGGGGGUGGGCACUGGCGAGGGCGGAAGUAUCACCGUCACUGACAUGGACAUCAUCGAGAAGAGUAAUUUGAAUCGGCAGUUUCUCUUCCGUCUGUGGGAUAUCAAGAAGCCAAAGUCUACGACGGCCGCAGCCGCCGUCAGCACGAUGAACCCCGACGUGAACAUCAUUGCCCACCAGGUGCGCGUGGGCCCGGAGACUGAGCACGUGUACGACGCCGCCUUCUACGAGGGCGUGGACGGCGUGGCCAACGCCUUGGACAACGUGGAGGCCAGGCGGUACAUGGACAGGUGCUGCUGGCAGUACCAGAAGCCUCUACUGGAGUCUGGGACGCUGGGCACCAACGGCAGCGUGCAGGUAGUGGUGCCGCACCUCACGGAGCGCUAUGUUAUAUUCCAGACGCCCUCAGAGAAGUCCAUCCCAAUGUGCACACUGAGAAACUUCCCCAGCGCCAUAGAGCACACGCUCCAGUGGGCGCGGGACAUGUUUGAGGGAGAGUUCUCUCACUCUCCCCAGACUGCAAAACAAUACGUCACGGGGACGAAGAAGAUGGAUGAGAUCAUCCAGUUACCCAACCAUCAGGAUGUCGACACUCUCGAGGUGCUGAAGAGCGCGCUGGUCGACGACCUCCCGAAGUCCUACACGGACUGUGUUACGUGGGCGCGGCGACACUGGCAAGACCAGUUCCAUAACCAGAUUUUGGAUCUUCUCCAUUACUUCCCUCCAGAUUACAGGAUGAGUAACGGAGGGCCCUUUUGGUCUGGCUCCAAGCGCUGUCCCCGCCAUCUUGUGUUCAACGCAGAGGACGACCUCCACCUCGACUACAUCCACGCUGCGGCCAACCUCAGAGCGGAGGUGUAUGGCAUUCGACAGGAGCGAGACAAAUUCAAGACGAAGGAGCUCGUGGCGGGAGUAUCUGUCGCCCCGUAUGUCCCCAAGAGGAAAGAGGAGGAGUCUGUAACUGAUCUCUUAACUAACCGGUUGAAAAUCCUCUCCCACUCUGACCUUCGCGACGCCAUCCCGCCGCCGGAGGACCUUACAGGAGUGUCCAUCACGCCCCUCACCUUUGAAAAAGAUGAUGACUCUAACUUUCAUAUCGACUUCAUUGUCGCGGCGUCCAAUCUGCGCGCAGCGAACUAUGCCAUCGAACCCGCAGACCGACAGAAGAGCAAGAGGAUCGCCGGACGCAUCAUCCCAGCCAUCGUGACCUCAACUGCUUUGGUCUCCGGCCUGGUGGCCUUGGAGCUCAUCAAAGUGGCCCAAGGGCACAGGGACAUCACGUGCUACAAGAACAGCGAGUUCAACCUCGGGCUGUGCAAGUUCUGCGUGUCCCAGCCGGAGCCAGCUCCGGAGAACACGUACAACGGAGUGACAUGGACGCCCUGGGACAGGUUCGAGGUGGAGGGCGACUUCACCCUCGAGGAGUUCUGCCAGCACUUCCAGGAGAACCACAGCCUCGAGGUGACGAUGGUGUCGGCUGGGAGGUACACCAUUCACUCCUUCAUGCUUCCUAAGACGGAGAGGGCCAGGAGGUGGACCAUGAAGUAAGUAUGUCUGAGGGAAGAGACGUAUAUGCUCUCUCUAU